AUGCCCUUGAUAGAUCAGGCUAUAGCUCUGGUGCAAGCCUGGUUUGGCGGCAACGAAUGUGGCAAUGGCACUGCCGACGUGCUUUAUGGCUAUGUUAACCCUUCGGCCAAGCUACCUAUUUCCUUUCCUUGCCGUUUGCAGGAUAACCCCUCGCACCUUAACUUCCGGUCUGAGCGCGGCCGCGUCUUGUACGGUGAGGAUGUUUACGUGGGUUAUCGGUAUUUCGACAAGGUCGACGUUCGUCUAGGCUUUGCGUUCGUCCAUAGAUUGUCAUACACGACUUUCUAUCGGUCUGAUGUCCACAUCGACACCGUUCCUGAGCCGGCUCAUUAUGCCGAGUCUGGAGAACCCAUCACUGCUUCCGUUGCUGGUGCUGAGGUCGUGCAACUAUGGGUCAUUGCUCCCCAGACAGACGUUAAUCGUCCUGUUCGUGAGUUGAAGGGAUUCCGAAAAGUAUUCUUGCAGCCUGGCGAGACGCAGACUGUUCGACUGGAUGUUGAGAAGAAAUUUGCUACUAGCUGGUGGGACGAGGAGCGGUCGAAGUGGAUAUCUGAGAAGGGCAUCUACCAGGUUGUGGCCCGUCGUUCUUGGCAGUGUUAUCACCAACACCACUCGACCGGAAACCUUUGA